UUCUAUAAAACGUGUGCAUUAACGUUUGACUCUGGCUUUAUUUCUUAUCAUCUACACAGCUGCACUAGUUUCUAUAACGUUCAAUAUCCGGUGAGCGUGCCAGCUGUAUAAUGAAGAAACACUUUUAUCUGUUUAUUUAUCUCGUUUUUGGGACAUCUGGUAUAUCUGCGGAUUGUCCGGACAACUGGAUACGUUUUGAAGACUCAUGUUACUUGUUCAUGACUCGAUACCCAAUGCAAUGGAUUGAAGCAAUGACCUUCUGUAAGACUUUCGAUGCCAAACUCGCAGAGGUAGAAACCCAUCCCGAGGACACGUUUAUCCGUCAUGAAGCACGCGUCUACGGAGCCUAUAAGGAAUCGUUUUGGAUCGGCGGUAACGAUUUGAUUUCGGAAGGUAAAUGGAUGUGGAUGACGAGCCACACUCCACUCCACUACACUAACUGGGCCCAUGGAGAACCAAGCAAUGAAUUUGGAGGAGAACAUUGCAUGAGCCUGUUGUUCUACACCGACUAUCACUGGAAUGAUGAACGAUGCAAAACUACCUUUUGUGAGACGUUUGAUGCCAAACUGGCAGAAGUGGAAACUGCCGUCGAAGAAACGUUUCUGCGUCAUGAAGCAAACAUUUACGGAGCCGGUAGAGGGUCGUUUUGGAUUGGCGGUAGCGAUGUGAUGGCGGAGGGUAAAUGGAAGUGGAUGAACAGCAACACUCCAAUCAACUACACUAACUGGGCGCGGGGAUCUCCCAGCAAUAGUUAUGGAGCAGAGCACUUCUUUUGUUCGUUCGUUGGUGGAACCCUCAUCAAUGCUUCGGAAAGUUCACUCCAGAACGCAGUUGGAAAACGAUCUUCUAUAAACUCAACCUGUGCCUCUAGGUUAGACUGUAACCAACAUAACACCAAUGUCCUGAUCUUGUUCUUCACCAUCCACUGUCCUGUAGAUAAUAUUGAUUGUGUUGACAACAAAUGCCUCUGUACCAUUAAUAAGUUCAUUAAUUUUACUAGACACCUUAACGGACAUCAUAUUUCUUUAGAUAACCACUCCUCAGGCAGCAACAACCACGAGUACGUAACGAGUUCUAGUAUUUCUACAGACUGCCCAAGACAUUGGAUUCGCCAUCAAGACUCGUGUUACCUUUUCCUUACUAGCAACCCCAUGCAAUGGACUGGAGCGAUGAGCUUUUGCAAGUCCUCUUAUGACGCCCAACUGGCAGAAAUAGAAACGUCAGAAGAAAACGAAUUUAUCAGACAGGAAAGCAGAAAAAUGGCAGGAACAGCAUCUGGGUCUUUUUGGAUCGGUGGAAGUGACAUGUUGGUAGAAGGGGAGUGGGAGUGGAUGACAAGCCACAACUUAGUCACCUUCACAGACUGGGCAUCUGGAGAACCCGACGAUUUCCUUAAUCAGGAUUGCCUGGAUAUCAAAACCAAUUUUCACAAUGUGUCCGGUAACUGUCCAGCCGACUGGGACCACCAUUCGCAAUCCUGUUACCUGUUUGUCUUUCGGUACAUCUUGGAAUGGAUUGAUGCUCAGAGUUACUGCAAAAUGCUUGGUGCCACGCUAGUGGAGGUGAAUUCAGCAACAGAAGAUCACUAUCUUAGGCAGAGAUUUAGACAACUAUCACAUUCUACAGCCAACAUUUGGCUUGGAGGAAGCGACAUCCUGAGUGAAGGAUCUUGGGUAUGGGUGGGCUCAGGUGAAGCUUUUUCAUACACUGGGUGGCACCCUACAGAACCCAACAAUUACCAUGGAGGCGAACAUUGCGCAAUGAUGAUGUACAAUAACAACCAGAACUGGGCCGACACAAAUUGUGCUAACAGAAAUUGCUUCAUUUGCGAAACGUCUGCCUUGACUGUGCGUCACUUCCGGAAGAUCGGUAGCAACAGAAGAAAAUUCUUUACGACCAGCUCUGCCAACUGUCCGGCUAAAUGGGUCCAGCAUUCAAACUCAUGCUACCUGUUUGAAACUCGCUACAAAUUGGAGUGGAUAAAAGCUCUGACGUAUGGGGCUACAUUAGCCGAAGUGGAAACAUCCACAGAAGACAGUUUUCUGAAGCAGAAAGCUAGACAGCUGAAUGACUACUUUUGGCUCGGGGGCAGCGAUAUAUUAGUGGAGGGAGAAUGGGUGUGGCUCAGCACCCACGCGGCUAUGACCUACACUGGUUGGCAUACAGGAAUGCCCAACAACUACCGGUAUAACGAGCACUGCCUCUGUCUGGAGCGAACCCUGAACGCAGACUGGGGCGACCUGCCUUGUUAUGACAGACUUUCGUUUAUUUGUGAAAAAUCUGCGAUUAAUGUUGGUGAAACAGUGAUUGGGUAGGAAACGAAGACCUAUUGACAUUUGUUUUUUAUGAACAGCUUUAAUAUGUUUGGGAGAAAAAAAUAAAAUAAGAUACAUUUUACACUGACUCUAGUUCUGAGUUGUUCUGUUAUCUGUUUGACUCUAAUUUUUUAUGUAAUUUUAUUACAUUUUACGAUCUUAAUAUCCCUUUAUUUCAUUUAUAUCUAUGAUAACUGUCUGUCUGUAGGUGAAUAUUUGUCGAGGUUAUUCAAUAAAUUAUUCAAAAAUAUGAAGCAGAUGAAAAUCUACAUCUAAAUAUUAAUAAAUAAAUUGUGAACUGUUUGAAAACCUC